UUCUCUUCAUUUUUGAGAUCAAACAAAGUGCUUGUUCUCUUGGAGCUAAGGCCUGUUGGCGACUUGCACGAAUUUAAUAAAAAAUGGCAUCAAAAGCUGAAUUAGCUUGCGUUUACUCUGCUCUCAUCCUGGUAGAUGACGAUGUCGCCGUAACUGGUGAGAAAAUCUCUACCAUCCUGAAAGCGGCCAAUGUCGACGUCGAGCCUUACUGGCCUGGUCUUUUCGCUAAAGCCUUAGAGGGCGUGAAUGUGCGAGACCUGAUCACCAAUAUCGGUUCGGGCGUGGGUGCUGCCCCGGCCGGCGGCGCUGUUCCAGCCGCUGCUGGUGGCGGCGCAGCGCCAGCCGCUGAGGAGAAGAAGGAAGAGAAGAAGGAGGAAGAACCUGAAGAGUCUGAUGACGACAUGGGCUUCGGUCUCUUCGACUAAAAAGCUUUUUGUAAAGCUAAAUUCCACAUGUGAGCUUUAUGAAGCUUUUUUAAUUAUAAGGGAAC